AAUGUUUAAGUGAAAAAUAUGUCUUAUAAAAGAGGAAAUUAUUUCAAAAAGUGUUGUUCAUUUCGAAUUCAAGGAUUUCGGUGAUUUAAUAUCUGUCAAACUUAUCGGGUAUCGAUUAUUCGCGCCGAUACGGAAUAUGUCGCGUGUUAUCACAUGAUAUCGACGUCAUGUCGAGUGUUUAGAUUCUUUUCUGCGAUUGGUUUGUUUGGAGGCGUGUAGUUGACCUAUUUUUCGAAUCACGUCGUAUAAAAUUGUUGUUUCUGACGUUCACGUGAAUUACUUCGCUCUCAGCUGGUUUGUACCGAGGACGAUGAGUGGCUAAAUCUACAAUACGUUUACUAUCCAGUUUGUGUAUCCACACCUAACAAACAUGAAUUACAUAGGAAAAGUAUUUACGAAUGUCAAAGAAUUUUAUAAUGAGAUUAAUUCUGCAACUCUAACUGGUGCUAUUGAUGUUGUUGUUGUACGUCAACCCAAUGGAACCUAUUUAUGUUCGCCAUUCCAUGUUAGGUUUGGAAAAAUUGGUGUUUUACGAAGCAGAGAGAAAAUAGUUGAUAUAGAAGUAAAUGGAGAACCAAUAGAUAUUCAUAUGAAAUUAGGGGAAUCUGGAGAAGCAUUUUUUGUAGAAGAAACAGAUGAUGAAAUGGUUCCAAGUCAUUUAGCAACAUCACCAAUACCUCCAGCACCAAAUUUAGAGGAGGAAUUAAAAAAAUUGAAAGAAUCUUCCAAAGGAAGUGAAAAUAUAAGCAAUGGAGAUAUUUUAUUAAUAAAUGGUGAAUCCUAUUUAAAAGACAGUGACUUUUUUCAACAAAAUGUUGAUAGUAAAAGUAUUUCCUCUGAUCAAAGUGAAAAUUAUGCAGUUAAAGAAAGUGAAAAUGAAAUGAAUUUACAGACAAAUAUUGUGAAUAAUCAGUCUUAUAAUAAUGAAGUGCCAAACUUCUUACCUGUUCAAAAAGAAGUUUCUGUAGCUAUCCAAACUGAAAAUUGCAAAGAAGAAAAUGAAACAAAAAGCAGUGAUCCAGUUCAGUCAGUUUCAAUUGUUAUAGAUGAAUCUGAUGAUGCAAAAUCUAAAAGAAAACGAAAGAAAAAAUUAAGACCUAAAACAAGAGCAUAUAAUAAAGAAAAUAAAAUUCCUUAUGGUAUUAGAGAGAGUGCGAACAUUCCAAUGACUCAAUCCAUACCAAUUGCAGAUCAUAGAGUUGCAGAUCAAGCAGUUCAAGAGGAGGAAGAGGAAAUAUUCCAUAUGGAUGAGGAUUAUAAUGAUGAUGAAGGGUUUUCAGCUGCAAGUAUGAUUCGUUCAAUGAGUUUACCAUUAAAUAGUGCUGUAUAUAGGGAACACUUAAGGAAGAAUUGGCCAACAAGGAGAUUAUCAGCUACAUAUACUGGAGAAUUGCAUCCUUUCAGUGAUGGUGAUGUAACACCACCAUGCAGGUAUUUCAUCAUCAUAUACUUUUUGAAAGAAAUUUUUGAAUUUUUAAUUUUUAUGUAACUAUAAAAAUAUUGGGUUGUUUGGA